UUAAGCCGCACGACGUCUUCAUGGAGUCUGCUGAGUGUGUUCCGUCGGCUCUGGGGCGCUUACCUUUCAAUAACACCGUAUUGAAAAAACUACCAAUAGAUGACUCGGACCAACCCGGGUCUCGGGUGGUGCCAGAGGCUUGUUUCUCCCGAAUUCGGGCUCUCCAACCGCUGGUCCGACCUGUUUUUGUGGCACUAUCACAGUCAGCGCUCUCGCUACUGGGCCUGAGUGCGCAGGAGGUGCUCAGCGAUCCUCUGGGUCCGGAGUAUAUGAGUGGCUCCAGGCUGUUGCCAGGCUCCGAGCCAGCGGCGCACUGCUACAGCGGGCACCAGUUCGGGCUGUUUGCGGGUCAGCUCGGAGAUGGGGCUGUGAUGUAUCUCGGUGAAGUGGAGUCUUGUGCACACGGGAGAUGGGAGGUUCAGGUGAAAGGCGCAGGAGUCACACCUUACUCCAGAGACGGCGAUGGCAGGAAGGUGCUGCGCUCCAGCAUCAGAGAGUUCCUUUGCAGCGAGGCCAUGGCUGCCUUAGGGAUACCCAGCACUCGAGCAGCAUCCCUUGUUACCUCUGACCUUUAUGUCAGCAGAGAUCCACUCAACAAUGGCCAACGCAUUCUUGAGCGCUGCUCAGUUGUCCUUCGUGUCGCUCCUACAUUCAUCAGGUUUGGCUCUUUUGAAAUCUUUCUGGGCCGAGAUGAAUUCUCAGGUCUGCAGGGUCCCAGUGCCGGGCGGGAUGAUAUCCGUGCUCAGCUGCUGGAUUAUAUUGGUGGCACUUUUUAUCCUGAAAUUCAGCAGGCUCACAGCAUCCGGAAAGACAGGAAUUUGGCUUUUUUCAGAGCGGUGAUGACGCAAACUGCUAGGCUAGUGGCCCAGUGGCAGUGUGUUGGCUUUUGCCAUGGUGUCCUUAACACAGACAACAUGAGCAUCCUGGGUCUUACCCUGGACUAUGGCCCCUUUGGCUUCAUGGAGAGAUUUGAUCCAGACUUUGUCAGCAAUGCCUCAGACAAAAAGAGGCGCUACUCGUACCAAGCACAGCCAUCUGUGUGCCGCUGGAACCUGGCUCGCCUAGCUGAGGCGUUGGGCUCUGAGCUUGAUCCAGCAGAGGCAGGAGCCGUCCUGGAUGAAUUCAUGCCCACGUAUAAGGCGUUCUACCUAUCUAUCAUGAGGAAAAAGCUGGGCCUUGUAAGAAUAGAAGAGGUAGAGGACCGAGAGCUUGUAUCAGAUCUGUUGCGUGUCAUGCACAACACAGGUGCCGAUUUCACAAACACCUUCCGCUUGCUGAGUCGUGUCCCCUGGCCUGAAGAGGGCGAUAGUGAGAGAGCCACUGUGGGCUCAGUGGUGGACCUCAUCCUAGAGCAGUGUGCCUCUAUUGAGGAGCUAAAGGUGGCUAAUAAGCCAACAAUGGAAGAUCGUGAACUGGCAAUGAUCCUGUCUCUGGCACAAACCAAUCCACUCAUGUAUGGCAUGGUGGCAGACAGCCCAGGUAUGACCGAACAGCUUGAAUUAUUGGGCCGACUCAAGGAGCUCGUCGAGACCAACCAAGAUGACCUUAAAAGGAAGCAACGUGAUGACUGGAUCCACUGGAUUGGUCGAUACAGGAUGCGUUUAGGACGGGAGUGUGAUAGCACAAGUGACUUACCUGUUAUCAUAAAGGAGCGACUCAAAGUGAUGAACGGCAUCAACCCCCGUGUGGUCUUACGCAAUUACAUUGCUCAGAAUGCAAUUCAAGCUGCAGAAAAAGGAGACUUCUCUGAGAUUGUUAGGGUUCUCAAAGUUCUCAAGAAACCAUAUUCUGAUCCUGAAACUUUGUUUGGACCUGAUGGAUGUGGUGAGAUGGAGCACAGUGGGGCGGAGCUUGAUGUCGCAUAUGACGGGAAGCCUCCAGCCUGGGCACAAACAGUUUGUGUCACAUGAUCCUCGUAAAGCCUCCGAGGCAGGUGGAGGAAGACUGUAUUUCCUGCUUCCUGUUAGGAGGAUGUGAUGCAGUCCUCUGUGUUCUGGUGUUCAUUGUUGUGCAAUUAGUUUGGUAUUUGUGUGAUCACACACUUUUAUUUCAGUGUGCAAAUGUGUCUGAUGAAAAGACUAAAAAAUAGACAAACAGAAACGUCACUGCUGAUGAAGUAUGAUGGCUCAGGCUACCAGUCACACAAUGAUCUGCCUGGGCUUGAAACACAAAUGAACAUCAGGAUAUAGCUUAAUAGUAACAAAAUGAAGAAGUUUAAAUUGCUGAACAUGAUAUGAUUAGUGGCAUAAGCAUCUGAGAAUUUGUGGGUAUUAGUUAAUAACAAUAUAUUGUUUGUUAAAUAACAUGAUUUUAGACCUGUUAAUUAAAGUCCCAAUAAAUCAUUUGCAAAUAAUA